CUAUUUUUGUAUAGUGACAAACUGUUAUUUUUAGAUUUAAGAAAACAAAUGCAGAGCUCUGUGAAUCCAACUGUUUAUCAUCGGUGUCUAUUCUACUCCUGAAAUUCAAGAACGUCUAACACAAUGGCAUUAGUUUGUGAAUCAACCCAGCUUGAUAGGCUGGUUGCAAAGGCAAUAUAUGCUGCUGAUGCCCUCAGGAGCUCAGUUGGAACUGCAGAAAAACUGAAACAGCUACAGAAAAAAAUCAAUUUCUUCAUGCAGCAAGCACAGAUUAUACUGACAUGGAAGCGAAGUCUUGGUGCUUUGAAAAUGGUUGGAUCUGCAGCAAAAUCGUUUGGGGCCAUCAUGGUUUUAGCAGCUCCUCUACACCCAAAACUUAAUCUGGCUCUAAGAAUAGGAAACAAAAUGUGGAAGCUAGGAGCUGGGUUGAAAAUUCUGAAUUAUGUGGCGGGGAUCUUGAAAAAUAUCUGGCAGUCUGGUUGUCGGAACGCUUUGAUAGAAUUCACACAUUGCUCAGCCCAGCUUUCACAGAGGAUAAGUAUUUUUGGUGAGCUCAUUCAUGACAUGCAGGGUAUCUCACAGUCUUUUGAUGGUAACAUCACACAUACAUCUCAAAAUCUUAUCCAUAUAAUCCAGCAAAUCGUACCUGAACAUCAAGUUGGAUAUGUCACCCACGUGAUGAACAUGGUCUUUGGUGACAGGCAUUACUCCCCACUUUUUGAUUUCCUGGCUCUGUCAAACAAACCAUCCAGUGAUUCAAACUUUGCCCAACUUCUUUCAGAGCUAGAGUCUUUUAACUUUACGAAUUUUGUUGAAUUAAGCGACUCAAAGACCUUGGUAGCUAUUGGGAGUUUUCUUCACAUCAGCAGGGAGCUGGUCGAUUUUUUGGAUGGUCUGCGUAAUUUUACCGAGCAGGACUGCAGGUUUUUGAGUGAGUGCCUCGUUAGAUGCAGCCAAGAAACAUUGACCAUCAUGAGAGUUGUGUCAGUUUUAACGAGCCUUGACAAAAUUAGAAAGGGAUCACUUAACACUGCCAACUCACAGGGCACUGUCAUGUAUCAUACAAAAAAUCCAACUACUUCUGACACUGUUUCUCAGGUUGUACCCACUGAUCAAACUGGUCCAAAUUCUUCAGAAACUAAUAAUUUAUUACCAGAUUUGAAUGCCCACAAUCAGAAUGUUAAUCAAGGCUUGGCAGUUUCUAUAGAACCAAACAAUCUUGCACAAGAGUUGACUGAGCCAGGGCCACAGGGGAAUGAGGCUAUCCCAGUCUCAACCAGCACAACCACAGACCAGACCACAUUUGCUGAAAACUCCAGGAACUACAUCUCAAAAUCUUUGUCCACAUUUUCACAAGCCAUCAAUCAAGGCACAAACUUAUUGUCAUCAGCUGUGUGGGGGAAACCAAAUCAACCCUCCAGCAGCGUUUCACAGUUUGAUCCAGACAAUCAUUCAGCUAAUAGAAUAUAACAUCAUUCAGCUAGAAUAUAACCAUUUUAUCAUUCAGCUAAUAGAAUAUAACAAUUUAAUCAUUUAGCUAAUAGAAUAUAACAUUUAAUCAUUUAGCUAAUAGAAUAUAACAUCAUUCAACUAGAAUAUAACAAUUCAAUAGUUCAGCUAAUAGAAUAUAAUAUAACACUUCAAUCACUCAGCUGAAAUAUUCAAUAGAGUAUAACUGUUUUAUCAUUAUGCUUAUGGAAUAGCAUAAUUAUUAAUUAUUAAUCAUCCCAGUAAAUUCAAGUGUAGAAAUUAAUACACACAUUCAGCUAAUUAAAUAUAACAGUUAAUCAACCAGCUGAUAAAAUAUAACAGUUCAAUCAUUAUGUAUAACAUAAAAUAACAGUGAAUUAGCAAUUGUGUUAAUAAAAUUUAAUAAAAUAAAUAAUUUUGUGUGCAUAGAUUUAUUGACUGUUAAAAAUGCUGUGUAUAUUUUUCUUGGGUUUUUCCACAAUAAUUUAAUAAAUAAAGUGUAUACAAUAACAGAUUAUAAUGAAAUUAAUAAUUAACAUACUCUAGUUGAAAUGAUAAGUUUAGGGAAAAUCAAAAGAAAAAACAAACACGUCUUUUGGAUUUACUAAAUGAAGAUAUUAAGUACUUUUUGUUUUGCAGCUCUUUUUGUUAAAUUUCAUAAUGUAAGUGUUCCAUCUUUUACAACAAACAUCUAACACUCAAUAAUGUUUUCUUUUAUGACUUUUUUUUAUUCUUAGUAAUAACAAUUUUCAGCAAAUAUGAUAAAUUGGUUAAUCAUUUUUUUAAACACUCAGGAAAUUGUGUAUAGUUGGCCAUACAAGAAUAAAAUUGUUUGCAUUUAUUAACAACUAUUUAUUAUUUUAAGUGAAGAUCUGAUAAUUUGGUUGUCAUUUGAAAAGGGAAAUAGGCUGAUUUAUUGGAUACAAAAUAUUUUUUUUUAUAAAAUAUACAGAAACUCUGUUAUUUUUAAUACACCUUUAAUCUUUUUUACAAGUGUUUAAAGUUGCUUAGUUUUUGAUAAGCCAUUUGUAUUUGAAGCUUUAUUAUUAAAUAAAAAUUUAUUUUGUUUAUUGUUUAAGGUUGAAAAAUAAGAAUUUAAAAUGUUAUAAUUGAGACAACAAAACAAAUAAUAUUAGACCCAGAAAGUGUUUUGUAACUUGCAUAAAUUGCAUGUUUAUGGUGCUAUAUUAUUAAAACUCUUGAG